AUGUCGCUCAACAUUCCUUCCAAUCCCGCUCCCACCGGCUACCACGAAAGGCCCGCAGAAUACACCGCCGCACUGGAGAAAGCUCGUGCCCUCUUUGACUCUCACAUCAACGACGAUGGUUCAUGGGAGGUUCUUCCGGAGAAGGAGGACGUCAAGCUCGCACGCAAGAACACAUCCGAGGAAGCCGGUGCUCUGCCUCUCACGCGAGGUAUCACCACCGUUGAGUCAGCCACACCGGCUCAGGUCCUUGCAGCGAUUCAACUGCCGGGCAUCCGAGUCAAGUGGGAUCCUCGCUUCGAUCAGGGCCACGCCAUCGCUCGCUACGGCCCCCAUACGUACGAGUUCUACUCGUUGAUGAAGUCCCCGUCCUACUUUGUCUGGGCCAGGGACAUCGUGGGCAUUCAGGAGAAUUUUUACUCAAAGGGAGGAGACCAGAUUGAUAUCAUCCAGACUACAGUCACUGAUGAAGAGAAUCUUCCCGAGGCUGGCUCAUACCAGAAAAGUCGUACUAGAGCUACCGUAGACAUCAGCGGAUGGAGAAUCGAAAAGAAGGGAGAGGACGUGGAGUUGACAUACAUCGUCAAGGUCCACCUGAAUGGUGCCAUCCCCACUGCCGUCGUCUCUACCAUUGCUGCAGAGACACCCAUGUGUGUCGGCCGGGUGCGAGACGUCUACUACUCCUUCGGCUACCACCCUUACGAGCUCAACACCUCCAAUGGGGGGUCCCAAGAUGCCAAGAGCGUUGGAGUGACUCAGGUGUUUGAGGAUGCCAAGGGCCAGAAGAAGUGGACUGGAUCCUACCGCGGCGUUGGAGCCGACAAGAUUGAAAUUGCCUACGAUGGACAGAGACUGUACAACAGCGGAGUCACUGUAUCUGUGGAGGGAGAGGGCGCCAGUGAGGUGUCGACCUCGGUCGACGAGAACAAGCACAUUGUGACGGUCGAGGUGAGCGAGGGUGCCAAGGACAAGGAUUUCCAAGUUAUCAUUUCGCCCAAGUAA